CGCUCCGCACACGCUCCCGCUGCCGGAGGAGACGCCCAGCUUCAGCCCCGCGCGCACCCGCACCCCCACCCCCACGGCCGGCGGGGACCCCGAGGCAGAGCCGGACCCCGGGCGCGACGCGAGCGGCGCGGGGAUGGAGCCCACCACCAUCUCCAGACCCUUGUCCAAGCGGCACAAGAGCAUGAGGAAGAACUCCAGGAGGAUUUACUCUCCGUACCAGGAUCAGAACCAAGGUCUUUCGGACGAUGAGGAUAAAGAUGGGGACAGCAACGAUCCCGAGGAAGUGUUCCAGAACAUUCAGUAUCAGAAGGAGCUCAUUGCCAACAUUCGAACCAGACCUUGGCCAAUGAGACGGAAGCUCAAAGCCCUCAAGCAAGCCAGGGAGAUCGUGCUGAAGUACGAGGGGAGGCUCACCAGAACCAGAGGGUACCAGGCGGCCGGCGCCGAUCUGCUGAAAAAACUCUCUCGUCUGCUCUAUAACAUUGUGGUUCUGUUCAUUCCAUGGGAAAUGAGAAUCAAGAAAAUUGAAAGUCACUUUGGAUCGGGAGUAGCGUCUUAUUUUAUCUUCCUGCGAUGGCUAUUUGGAAUCAAUAUAGUCCUAACGAUAAUGACGGGGGCUUUCAUUGUUCUGCCCGAGCUCCUGGCCGGAGCGCCGUUCGGAAGCACCCGCAGCAAGACCAUUCCCAAGGAGCACCUCCCCUCGGCACAGGACCUGGACACCAUCUGGUCUCUCGGGGGUUACCUCCAGUACUCUGUGCUGUUUUAUGGUUACUAUGGCAAUGUGAGGAAGAUUGGGAGUGCUGGAUACAGGUUGCCCCUGGCAUACUUUAUGGUUGGAAUGGCUGUCUUUGCCUACAGUUUCAUCACACUCCUGCGAAAGAUGGCUAAAAACUCGCGCCUCAGCCUGGCCAGUGCGUCUGAUGAGAACUACACCUUCUGCUGGAGGAUCUUCUGCGCCUGGGACUACCUCAUCGGCAACCCUGAGGCUGCCGAGAGCAAAACGGCCGCCAUCGUCAACAACAUCAGGGAGGCCAUUGUGGAGGAACAAGAGAAAAAGAAAGAUACAAGCCUGGCGGUUCUGAUCAGUCUGCGGAUACUGGCGAAUAUCCUGGUGCUGCUGUCUCUGGCGGGCAGCAUCUACAUAAUCUACUUUGUCGUGGAUCGCUCUCAGAAACUGGAGCAGGAGAAGCCAGAGCUAACCCUUUGGGAGAAGAACGAGGUGAGUGUGGUGGUAUCGUUGAUCACUAUGAUCGCCCCGUCCGCCUUUGAGCUGGUGGCCCAGCUGGAGAUGUAUCAUCCAAGGACCAGCCUCAGGUUCCAGCUAGCCAGGGUUUUAGUCCUGUAUCUGGGGAACCUCUACAGCCUCAUCAUUGCUCUGCUGGACAAAGUAAACAGCAUGAGCAUGAACCAGAUCCCUGCUAGUCCGGCUAACUGGUCCGACUCGACUGCCUUUCUAGCCACCGUGUUACAGCCUAAUGAAGACAACCUGUCCACCAUAACUCCUGAAAUCACUGAGCAUAAGAACAGCACCAUUGCAACAAUCCUCGAGAUCAACAGAACCAAAAGCACCACACCUGUGGUCCUAAAUCACACAGCCCCAUACAAUAUGUAUAACAAGUUCCAGCAGGACCAGUGCUGGGAGACAUACGUUGGCCAGGAAAUGCUGAAGCUCUCCAUCAUUGACAUGAUCUUCACAGUAGCAAGCAUCCUGUUGAUUGAUUUUAUCCGUGGUCUAGUGGUACGAUACCUGAGCGACUGCUGUUGUUGGGAUUUAGAGAGUAAGUUUCCUGAAUAUGGGGAGUUCAAAAUAGCUGAAAAUGUUCUCCACCUGAUAUACAAUCAAGGAAUGAUUUGGAUGGGGGCGUUCUUCUCGCCCUGCCUCCCGGCGUUUAACGUGCUCAAGCUGAUCGGACUGAUGUACCUGCGGAGCUGGGCCGUGCUGACCUGUAAUGUUCCGCACCAGCAGGUGUUCAGGGCCUCCAGGUCAAAUAACUUCUACCUGGCCAUGCUGCUCUUCAUGCUCUUUCUCUGCAUGCUGCCCACGAUCUUCGCGAUUGUCCGCUACAGACCCUCACAGCACUGCGGGCCUUUUAGUGGUCAGGAGAAGAUUUAUGACAUCAUCUCAGACACUAUAGCCAACGACUUCCCUCUGUGGUUCAGUAGAGUGAUGGGCUACGUCACGAGCCCGGUGGUGGUUCUGCCCGCUCUGCUGCUACUGUUCAUGCUGAUCUACUACCUGCAGGCCAUUGCAAGAUCCUUGAAAUACACCAACAACCAACUGAGGAUGCAACUUCAGACAGAACGGACCGAGGACAAGAAGAAGGUCUUUCAGUUGGCAGCCGCUCGGCUGCAAGCCCCGGAAGGAGGUGACAAGAAGACCGAGCAGGAGAGCGACAUCACCAGCAUGGAGUCCUCCAUCCGUUCCUCGUCUCCCCGUCGCAACGGCAGCGUCACCAACUUUGAGUCCCCGGUGCGUCGUGGGAACAGCAUCCGCACCAUCACUCAGUCGGCCUCGCGGGCGGACGUCAGGGCUGCUGCUGCCGCUGCCGCCGCUGCUGCCAUUGCCCGGAGCCCAGCGGUGUCUGUCCGGCAAAAGCACAGAUAUGAACACAUACCUAACAGACAUCCAGGCUAUCUGGGAGGAUCAAGUGGCUCCUGCCGUUCGAAGUCGUAUCACCACGUGGCAUACAACCCGCCUGUGCGCUACGCGGAGAACAUCCACUCUGACCCGCUGUACAGGAAGAGCAUCCGGCCCAUGCACCCAGAGGCUGCCGGGAUAGUGACGGCCCAGAGCUACGUGGGGCGGCGCGCCCACACCACCCGCUACGUCAUCGUCAACGAGCACGAGCCUCGGAAGAAGCUGCUGCGCUCCACCACGCGCAUCCCACGCCACUACCGCAUCGCCGACGACCCGGGCGACAUCGUGGAGCUGUACCCGAGGAACAUCAAGCGCUACACCGUCCGCACGCCGCACAGGUCCCACCAGCCUCACCUGAGCGAGGAGGAAGAGGAGGAGGAGGCCGUCGUCGCCGGCAAGAGCGCCCGGAGGGGUGCCCUCAGCCAGUCUCACCGACCGCGGUCCCUGUCCGACCUCCACCAGCCUGUGCGCUUCUACAUCGGAGACCCGGCGGGCAGCCAGCUGUCCAUGGCCAAAGAGAGGGGAGUGUACUGCCGACACCAGGAGGACCAUGAAGAGGACUGGGACGAGAUGGGCCCACACUUCUGCUCCCGUAGUAACAUAAAGGGCGCAGAGCCCUCCCACAGACACUGUGAGCCCCACGUGAAGGCCAAGGCCAAACAUAAGGUGGAGCCGUCGCUCACAGAGUCGGAUUCGGCCUCUCUGGCCUCCAGCAGCGACCAGCAGAAUAGUAGCACUGACCAGUACAUCCAGGUCAUUCACAAUAAGGAGAAGUACCUCAAAUCUGGUGGCAAACUUGCAAAGAAGUCCAAGUCCAAAGCUAGCAAUGAUAUGAAUUUGUCAGGCUCGAGUGAACUUGUCUGCUCAAAUGUAUAGUUUGUGUAUGCAUUGUGUCAGUAUUGAGUGCUGUAACAAAUGGUGUCGUAAAGCACAGACAAAUUAAUAAUAAAAAAUGGCAUUGUGUUUGCAUGUUGCUUAUCAAAUUGUGCCUUAAAACAUGAACA